CCUAAAAAAAAUAGAGAUCAAUGAUGCCUUAUUCUAAUGAAGAAGUAGCACCAGCACCUCGGCAGCUCCGGUGGUUCUUUUCCCAGUCUCCGCUGCUCCGACAACCGGACGAUGAUAAAAGCUCUUCCAUAACUAUUCACAUAAUGAGAAAUAUUAGUUACUUGGAUGAAUCAAAUGUUGAUCCCCAACAAGAUUGGCUUCCUAUCACUGAAUCUAGAAAUGGUAACGCCUUCUACGCUGCCUUUCAUACCAUUUCUUCAGGGAUUGGUUUCCAAGCUCUUAUGCUUCCCUUAGCCUUCGCAUCGCUUGGUUGGAUUUGGGGCAUAACAUGUCUUUCGUUGGGUUACGUAUGGCAGUUGUACACAAUAUGGUUGCUAAUUCAACUCCAUGAAUCGGAGAACGGCACACGCUAUAGUAGAUACCUUCGCCUAUCCAUGGCAGCCUUUGGUGAAAAUCUAGGGAAAAUGCUAUCCUUGUUCCCAGUCAUGUACUUAUCAGGUGGCACUUGUGUGGCUCUAAUUAUGUUUGGAGGUGGGACCAUCAAGAUCUUCUUCGAAACCUUAUGUGGGCCCACUUGUAACCCGUUAACCACUAUAGAAUGGUACAUGGUCUUCACUUCUUGUGCCGCGAUCAUGGCACAGCUGCCCAACUUAAACUCAAUCGCCUGGGUCUCCUUCGUCGGAUCAGUAACCGCAGUAGGAUAUUGUACCCUAAUAUGGGUCGUAUCCGUAUGCAAAGACCGACCCACAAGUAUGUCAUACGGGCCGACCCAUGUUUGGUUUCAUGCUGAUAGGGUUUGUGAGGUACUCAAUGCAAUUGGGAUGAUUGCUUUGGCUUUUAGAGGGCACAACUUAGUGCUUGAAAUACAGGGAACUAUGCCAAGCAGUAUAAAGCAACCAUCAAGAAUAGCAAUGUGGCGAGGGGUGAAGUUUGCCUACAUGGUCAUUGGGUUGUGCUUGUUUCCCGUCGCAAUUGGCGGAUACUGGGCCUAUGGAAACUUGAUUAUACCUACAAAUGAGGGGCUACUACGAGUCUUGUAUGAAUACCAUGGGAAUGACACAUCCAAGUUUGCACUGUGUCUCACAAGCUUACUUGUAGUGAUACAUUGUCUGUGCUCAUUCCAGAUAUAUGCAAUGCCAGUGUUUGACAACCUGGAGUUUCGAUUCACAAGCAGCAAGAAGAAACCAUGUCCUCGUUGGUUGAGAUCAGGAAUACGAGCUUUCUUUGGAUGCUUAACAGUCUUCAUAGCAUCUGCACUACCAUUCUUGCCGAGUUUGGCAGGUCUAUUAGGGGGCCUUGCUCUGUCUCUCACCUUAGCAUAUCCCUGUCUUAUGUGGAUACAGAUUAAGAAACCUCAAGAGUUGAGUUUUAUGUGGUACCUUAACAUUCUGCUAGGGUGUUUUGGGAUACUUCUGAGCAUUCUGCUUGUGACUGGAGCCAUAUGGAGUAUGUCCAUCAAAGGGAUCCCAGUCCACUUCUUCAACCCAGAUGAAACAAGAUAGAAACUUGUCCUCAAUUUGACACCAGAAUACAGCUUCAUGAAAAUAGAAAUACCAGACAGAUGUAGGUUUUAACAUACCAGAAUAACUUGCCCCAUGGCUUGUGUAACAUGUGCAGUGAUGUCCACAAGUUUCACAGUUUUACCGCCCUUUCUCCAUGUAUACAAAGUUUACAAACCAUAGUAACUACCCAGCACGUGUGUAAAUCCUCAUUACCAACCUGUGCGUGUUAGGUGCGACCAGUACUAGACUGCAGCACAGAGCCAACAUCUUUCUUGGUGAGAAAGAGGUCAACUGUGACACAUUGCUUCAAAAUACAGGCCUGAGAUAACUUGGCGGGUCCAUCAGAUGACACAAAUCACACAACUACCAUCUACUUUAGCUGCUUUAAAUGAACUCCGGUACCAAUCAAAAAAUAUAAAAGAGCAAAAUUGAACGAUUAAAAUGGUAAUUAAUCUCACAUUUUUACAGACAGAGUUGCCUAAAGGACGUUACAUUGAUAAUGGUAGAAGCAUU